CCUGAUUAUGAUGUCAUGGCCUCUCUGGCGGGUCUGGAAGGAGUGGUCGCCGGGCAUGUUCAGUGUCUUGGCUGAACUCACACACCGUCAACGGUAAACAAUCCCGUGUUUAGAUUCCAUUGCACUACUCCCUGUCAUAGUAUUAAGACUGACUUAAUAGUAUAAAUGGUCCUCCUCGAGCUAUGAACUUAAACUCAACCCUCCUCCCACCCCAACUCCAUGGGGAGGUGUGUCACUGUUGGACUUGGGCCUGAAUUCAAGCCUCCUACAAGGAGAACAGCCCAGCCAGCCACCCCACAGACAGCUGGGAGUUUAGACAGUCCCAGCCAGAUGAUUUAGGGUGUAUUAUAGUCCACAACUAAGCAAUAUGGAAAAGGAGGAGGUCUUAGGGGGUGUGUGUGUACGGCUUGCAUUAAAGAAGUAAACUGUAGACUCAUUUUCCUAGUGUAGCGCUCUUAGUGGCUUUGCCAUACUUGGUAAUGCAGGAGCGCGUACUCUUGGUCUUUCGAAGGACACAGUGGAACAGGGAUAAAUACAGCCAGACGAAGGGCUCACGCGGAGCAACAACUGCAGAAACUUGAGCUGCGGGAGAAGGAAUUAGUCAUUUGUUCUCAGGAGGGUCAGAACCGCGGGACAGAUUUGGAGGUCCUGGGGAGAGUGUGAGAGAGAGAAAGAGAGAAGAGAGAGGGAGAGAGAGAGAGAGAGGAGUGUCCGCGUGUUUCUGAGCUGGCAGACGCUGUUUCCGGGUCGGUGACAGCCCCUCGCCGUGGUGUGUGCCUGAGACUUUUCUACCCUCGGACCAAAAAACCUUCCAGACCAGUCUCAAGUCUCCAGAUGAGCGAUGUCACUGCAAUGUGGAAUCUAAUGUGGAAGUACUGCAUUUCUGUGAGGACAAUGAGCGUGGAAGGUGACGCCGCGUGCGCUGAGUCGGACCCCUCUCUGGACAGCGGCGCCGGGUACAGCCGAGGCCCCGUGACGCGCGGCGGCAUCCUCAGCCCGGAUCACUUCGAGGCCCCGCUCUACGGCCACCCGGCCCUGCCCGGGCCCCAGCGCCAGCGCCGGCCCAAGCUCCAGCACUCGCAGUCCAUCCUGCGCAAACAGGCCGAGGAGGAGGCCAUCAAGCGCUCGCGCUCGCUCUCCGAGAGCUAUGAGCUCUCCACCGACCUCCAGGACAAGCAGGUGGAGAUGCUAGAGCGUAAAUAUGGAGGACGAUUCAUAACGCGACAUGCGGCUCGAACCAUCCAGACGGCCUUCCGCCAGUAUCAGAUGAACAAGAAUUUCGAGCGGCUCAGGAGCUCGAUGUCGGAGAAUCGCAUGUCCAGACGCAUCGUCCUGUCCAAUAUGAGAAUGCAGUUUUCCUUUGAAGGACCUGAAAAAGUCCACAGCUCCUACUUCGAGGGCAAGCAGGUCUCGCUGACUGACGACGGAACCAAGAUCGGGGCUCUGGUGCAGUCGGAGUGCGGGGACCUGGUCCCUGCUAACAUGAAGCAGCCCGCCGCGCAGAACGACUUCAACGACGCCAUCACCGAGCUGGAGGACGCCUUCUCGCGGCAGGUCAAGUCCCUGGCCGAGUCCAUCGACGACGCCCUCAACUGCCGCAGCCUGCACGGGGACGAGGGCCAGCCGGAGCCCGUCAGGGGGCACCCGGACAUGGAGAGGGAGGUGGCCUACCAGGUCAAGCCCUCCCACAGCGCCGACCACCGCAAGCUGGACGAGAUGACGGCCUCCUACAGCGACGUGACGCUCUAUAUCGACGAGGAGGAGCUCUCGCCGCCCAUCCCGCUGUCCCAGUCGGUGGACCGGCCGUCCAGCACCGAGUCAGACCUCCGCCUCCGCUCCCUCAACUCCUCCCAGGAGUACUGGUCCAUGGCCCACAAGGACGACAAGGGCGACACGGACACCAGCUGCCGCAGCACCCCGUCUCUGGAGUGCCAGGACCAGAGGCUGAGGGUGGACCACCUGCCCCUGCUGACCAUAGAGCCGCCCAGCGACAGCUCGGUGGAGCUCAGCGACCGGUCCGAAAGGGGCUCCCUCAAAAGGCAGAACGCCUACGACCGGGGCAUCGCCAGCCAGCAGGGCAGCCCCAAACACAUCUCUCACGGGCUGCCCCCCAGGGGCCCGCCCCGGGACGACGAGCCCACCAGGCACAGGCCCCGGCAGCUGGAGAGCCACCUGGCCAUCAACGGCACGGCCAACCGGCAAAGCAAAUCCGAGUCGGACUUCUCAGACGGGGACAACGACAGCAUCAACAGCACUUCCAACUCCAAUGACACCAUAAACUGCAGCUCGGAGUCCUCGUCCAGGGACAGCCUGAGGGAGCAGACCCUGAGCAAGCAGACCUACCACAAGGAGACCCGCAACAGCUGGGACUCGCCCGCCUUCAGCAACGACAUCAUCCGCAAGAGGCACUACAGGAUCGGCCUCAACCUCUUCAACAAGAAGCCAGAAAAGGGUAUCCAGUACCUGAUCGAGAGAGGAUUCGUCCCAGAUACGCCUGUGGGCGUGGCUCACUUCCUGCUCCAGCGGAAAGGCCUGAGCCGGCAGAUGAUCGGGGAGUUUCUGGGUAAUCGACAGAAACAGUUCAACAGGGACGUCCUAGACUGCGUCGUGGACGAGAUGGACUUCUCAGGGAUGGAGCUGGACGAAGCCCUCAGAAAGUUCCAGGCCCAUAUCAGAGUCCAGGGUGAAGCGCAGAAGGUGGAGAGGCUCAUCGAGGCCUACAGCCAGCGUUACUGCAUCUGCAAUCCCGGGGUAGUUCGGCAGUUCAGGAACCCAGACACCAUCUUCAUCCUCGCCUUUGCCAUCAUCCUCCUCAACACAGACAUGUACAGCCCCAAUGUCAAGCCAGAGCGCAAGAUGAAGCUCGAGGACUUUGUGAAGAACCUUAGAGGGGUGGAUGACGGAGAGGACAUCCCUCGGGAGAUGCUGAUCGGGAUUUAUGAGAGGAUCCGCAAGCGGGAGCUGAAGACCAACGAGGAUCACGUGUCCCAGGUGCAGAAGGUGGAGAAGCUGAUUGUGGGGAAGAAGCCGAUUGGAUCUCUGCACCACGGCCUUGGCUGUGUUCUGUCUCUGCCCCACCGCAGACUGGUGUGCUACUGCAGGCUGUUCGAGGUCCCGGACCCCAACAAGCCCCAGAAACUGGGCCUUCAUCAGCGGGAGAUCUUCCUCUUCAACGACCUGCUUGUGGUCACAAAGAUUUUCCAGAAGAAGAAAAACUCAGUGACGUACAGCUUCAGGCAGUCCUUCUCUCUGUACGGGAUGCAGGUGAUGCUGUUUGAGAACCAGUAUUACCCCAAUGGAGUCAGGCUUACAUCGGCCAUCCCAGGUGCAGACAUCAAAGUCCUCAUCAACUUCAAUGCCCCCAACCCCCAGGACCGCAAGAAGUUCACAGACGACCUGCGGGAGUCUAUCGCCGAGGUCCAGGAAAUGGAAAAAUACAGGAUAGAGUCGGAGCUGGAGAAGCAGAAGGGCGUGGUCCGGCCCAGCAUGUCCCAGAGCUCUGGCCUGAAGAAGGAGGCGGGGAACGGGAACCUGAGCCGCGCCAGCCUGGAUGACAGCUACGCCAUGGGGGAGGGGCUAAAGCGCAGCGCCCUCAGCAGCUCGCUGAGGGACCUCUCUGAAGCAGGCAAGCGUGGCCGGCGCAGCAGUGCAGGAUCACUAGACAGCAAUAUGGAAGGGUCCAUCAUUAGCAGCCCUCACAUGCGCCGGAGAGCCACCUCCACCCGCGAGUGCCCGUCCCGUGGCCACCAGUCCAUCCCAAACUCCUCCUCCCUGCUGGGGACCCUCUUCGGCAGCAAGCGGGGGAAGUCUCCGGCGCCUCCGCCCCAGCCCCAGCACCCCACCCUCAUCUCCCACACGCCCCACCCCUCCACCCUGCACCACUCGGCCCAGGUGGAGACCCAGACCCAGGCCCAGAUGCACACCCACCACGCCCAGUACUGCCACGUCCAGCAGAACCCGCCUCCUUACCACCACCACCACCACUACCACCCCCCGGCCCACCUGCAGUUCCACCAGGGCCCCUCCCACGGCCACGCCCACCCGCACCCGCAGCACGGCCAUGGCGCGCACGCCUCGCACUCCCAGCAUUCCUCUCACUCCCAGCAUGCGCCUCACCACCACGCCCAGCAGCAGGGCCCCGCCCCCGCGCCCAGCAGCACCAAACCCAAGCACAGCGGCAUCAGCACCAUCGUGUGAAGGCCAAAGCGGAGGAGGGGAGCCCCGCCCACCGCUGAAUGACGCUCGAUGGCCGGGGGUUGCUGGGGGUUUCAGUGGCCACAGACGGUGGUGUUGGAGCCCACUCUUUUGCUGGUGGUGGGGGGGGGGGGAGGCAACACUUUCAGCUGAUGGCCUGGCGGCAGGUGGGGUCAAAGAGAGUGAAGGAAAAGAUUUUGACUCAGUACUUCCAUUCUCCUCAGAGUCUUUCUCCUCCAAGAAGAGAACGUAACACUGGACAUCACUGGCUUUCAGUACCAGGGUAUCAGAGGCAUUAAGUACAUAAUUUUUUCUAAUGGCUUCCCUCCACCAUGAAUCAACAUCAUGCCACUCAACAGACUAAAGGAAGAAAACUGUUAGAAGCCACUAGGUUUCUCCCAUAGAUACAGUACAGUACUAACAUACACAGUAGAUGUCUGUUUUCCUUUUAAUAAACGUGACAGACAUUUAGGCAGAGGCAUGAACACAGACCUUGGCUCCUGUUCUGUCAGUGAUGGCAAGUUGUAAAUGGGCUUCAUACUUCAGUACCCUGCUUACUAGUUUCCCGAAGCAAAUUACUUUCUCUCUAAAUAACUCUGGCAAUGUACCCGUUGGACACUGUGGAUUACAUGAGCAGCGUGACUUAAGAAUAAAGAAAUCAGCGGGCGCGAGUUAACCACGGAACAAUAGCAGUCACAAAAGUAGUUGUUCCAGUAUUUACUGUAGCUCUAGGUCACAGCUGUCUGUGAUAUCUGUUAGCAAUCAUAAAUAAAUGUGCCAAUUAUUAAUGCAUUAACUAUUUUAGUCUGAGAGUUUGCUUUGUGUAUAUCGUGCUUAUAGUAUUUUGUAAGAUAAUAAUAAUAGCUGCAAUUAUUAUUAUUGUUAUAAAAUAAAAAUGGUCAGAGGAAAACUAUCAGUAUUAUACUCUAAAGUAGUAGGCAUUAGUCGCACUUAUUAUGAAUACCAAUCUAAAGCUUAUACUAGUUAGGCAAUUCAAUGACUUGGAAUAUCUCUGGUUGCCUUCGGAAUAGAGCUCUUGGAAGAUUCUAGAAUGCAGCUGCGACAUAUCGUACUCCCGCACAGCUGUGCUAUUUGCUGAACCUCACAGAGGACCCACACAGAGCGAGCCUUCAUGUGUCAGCUGACAUGGACUGAGGCCCCCCCUCUGAGGUGGGUGGGUUCGCCUCAACCUCAAUAUAAAUCAGUCCUGGCUGCUUAUGAACCGUUCUUUUAUUUUUUUAAACUAUUUUUUUAGAGAUGACUAAAAAACCUAAAUGGAAUACUGUACAUCGUUAUAUUCUGUCUACUACUAGUGAUUUAGCUGGUGUGUGAUUCUGGGAACAAUUCAUAUAUAUAUAUAUAUAUGAAUUGCUAAAUAUAUGAAUACAGAAACACACACAAGCAUAUACAAAUGAGUUGAUUUUUCCGGUGGGAUUUUGAAGUCUGAUUUGACACAAUGAAGCAAGGAGAAGAGAGAGAGCAGGCAGGCUACCCCAUUUCAAAGCCCUUUACAUGACACUAAAUGCCUCAGCUGGCUGAGUGUGCCCUUUGCAUUGUAGAUUUCACAGCACCUCACAUUGUUCUGCUCUCACAGUGUGUCUCUGGCUCACUUGAGGCUCGACCACUUCUUGUGUGUGUCUGUUGGACAGACACUUGGCACUAGGCACCAGGCCGUGACUGGCGCACGUUGGUAAAAUGGUUGUGGGUGUGGCAUAUAUCAAAGGUGACAGUACACAGUUCAAUACGGAGCUGCAUCAUUUUCUUUUAAAACAUUCUUUUUUUUCAUCAGGCACCUCAAAAAUGAUCAAACGGAUGUUUGAGUGUGUUGGCAGAGCUACAGGGGGUUCCUCUGUAUCUGCACUGUUUUCCUGGGGGGGUGUUCGUGCAGAUAGUGUAGAGGAGUUGGCUUGGGAUGGCAUGUGUGCUGGAUCAACAAUGAGUUUUGGAAUUUCUCAACAUCAAAAUGGAUGAACGAAGUCCUUUUACAGGUUGCAUUAACAGUAAUUUUGAGUUGAACUCUCAUUUGAAGUUUUCUUAUUUUUUUUAUCAUAUGUGCAAUAUAUAUGUACUGAAUCAGGUGGGUGUUCUUGUUCUUUUUGUUGUUGUUUUUUUUGUUGUUGUUCAUUUCACUUUGCUUUGUUAUUUCUUUUUUCCCUUGCUUUGUGGAUCAUCGUUGGCUUGCUUGUUACCCCUAGACCUUUGAGAACCUGCUUCCAGCGGUGAUGAGGAAUGUCAAAAGAAAAAUAAUCUUGCAUGUAAUGUUAAUAUUGUGAGGCUAUUCUUCUACAUAUUGUAUAUUCGCAAAAUAUAUCAGUGUUACUGUUGAUUAUUGUUGAAGUGAUAACAUAUUACAAUAUGUAGACUUCUCUUCAUGCCACUGUGCACCAAUGGGUGAGUCUGUUAUCAUGGGUUGUUCCAGAAGAGAUUCAAUUAAACAAUGAUUCCGUUUUGGACUGUGUAAAUACUGUAGGUGUACAGUACACACUGAGAUGCAGUGGUACUAAGGAUGUAUGUAUGUACAUACUUUUAUAAGAUACUCUGCUCUUCUAUCUGUCAGUGUGCUGUGUUUUAAUAAACAAAUUAGGAAUGGAAUUUUUUGUCUACAUGUAUACUCAGUAAAUAUAAUUGUAUUAUGAGACACCAUUAUUAGGGACACAAUAUAAUUCAAGUUACUAAAGACUUAAUUUGCCAUUAAAACAUGUUAACGGUGGUUUCUCAUAAUACACGUAUGUAAUCUAAAGAAUUAUAUUGAAUCGAAGUAAAACAGUGCAUAUUUGAAUCCGUUUGUACUGUGAUUACUGAAACUCCAAGCACACGCCCAUGUUCAGAUUCUCUGCCCUGCCAUAUUAAACCUUAACUUUUAUUUUUUUUUUUUUCUGUAGUGUUUCAGGAAAUUCUAAUGAAUGCUGAAACAAAUCUUUUCUGGGACAACAAUAACCAAUCAAAUGUGUCUUUGUACAUUUGAUUUUCCUUUCACUUUUUUAAGUUUAAUAACGAAUUGUAUGGCAAAUGUAAAAAUGUAAAAGUUGAUCUCUGCACAUCUAUUGUAGCACUACAGCUGUGUCCACAGCCAUUCAGUCUUGAGAAAGAAAAAACAAAACCCCAAUGCUCUGCAUGCAGCCAAUGCCUCCUGUUUCUUAUUAACUACAGGCUGGUGCCAUUUCUUUUCUCCCCCCAUCCCUCCCUUCAUUUCUGUUUUCUCUUCAGUGAGACUCUUGGUGUUGACUUGCCGCUCCACAUUAAGCUGCGUGUUUCACUCCGGUCCAGCAUGCAUUUCAUUUAUGUACUCAUGUUGUAAAAACACCAUUUCUCCUCUUGUGUCUGAACCGAAGACUCGCGGUGUGUAAAUAACAAAGAACCAAGAGACUGAAAGAAGACAUAUCUCAAGGAAUACAAAAAGGGAAGGGGGGAAGGGGGCAUGAGGGGAGGGGAGGGGAGGGGGAGGGUGAUGGGGGCUGAUGUUGGGUGAUGGGACUCACAGAAAUGUUUAAAGGGGAUAACCAAUUGUACAUACUCUGUAUAUUAUUAGUACUCAAAUAUAAUGUGUGCAGUCACAUCGAGGGCACAUUCCUUUCUCCUCCCUAGAAGAAAAAAGAUCAUAUAGCUGCUUUUGCUUCAAACUGUACUGGACUGUCAUAGGAUCUAGGUCUUAAUAGCAGACUGUUACAUAACUCUCACUUGCUUCUCGUCUUCAUGUUCGGAUGCUUCUGUUCUCUGACUCGAGGCCCAUUUUGUAAUUAAAAAAGGGAAGAGAGGAGUGCUGUCAUUUUAAUAUGCAUUUUGUUUGUAAGUAGAUAAGACCCUAUUGAUGUAAAACUAUAACUGUGACCAUGUUGAGAACGCGAAAUAAAACGAUAUAAGACUUGAA